AUGGUGCUGAUCAACCUGUCAUGGCUGAGACUCUGGCCUGACACAGUCUCCCCAUGGCUGUUCCUGCUGCUUGCUGGGACCUCCUGGAUCUUGGCACAGACCCUGGCCUGGAUCUAUGCCUUUUAUGACACAUGCUGCCGUCUCCGAUGUUUCCCACAGCCCUCAAGGCAGAACUGGUUCUUGGGUCACUUGGGCAUGCUCUCCCCCACAGAGCUGGCCAUAAAGGAAAUGACCUCGUUGGUGGGCACCUACUCUCAGGGCCUUAAGAUCUGGCUUGGCCCCAUCAAUCCUGCUAUUAUUCUGUGCCAUCCUGACACCAUCCGGCCCAUUGUCAAUGCCUCAGUUGUCAUUGCACCCAAGGACAUUACCUUCUACAGAUUUCUGAAGCCCUGGCUGGGAGAGGGGCUUCCAGUGAGUGAAGGUGACAAAUGGAACUAUCACCGCCGCUUGCUGACACCUGCCUUCCACUUCAACAUCUUGAAGCCCUAUGUGAAGAUCUUUAAUGAGAGUGUGGACAUCAUGCAUGCCAAGUGGCAGCACCUAGUGUCUGAAGGCAGUGCCUGUCUGGACAUGUUUGAGCACAUCAGCCUGAUGACCCUGGACAGUCUGCAGAAAUGUGUCUUCAGUUUGGACAGUCACUGCCAGGAGAAGUCCAGUGAAUACAUUGCUGCCAUCUUGGAGCUCAGUGCCCUUGUAUCAAAGCGUUUUCAGCAGAUCUUCAUGAACUGGGACUUCCUGUAUUACCUCACUCCUGAUGGUUGCCGUUUCAGAAAAGCCUGUCACCUGGUACACACUUUCACAGAUGCUGCCAUCCAGGAGCGACGACACAUCCUCUCAAAAAAUGAUACUGAUGAAUUCCUGAAGGCCAAGGCCAAGGCCAAGACUUUGGACUUCAUUGAUGUGCUCCUGCAGAGCAAGGAUAAAGACGGGAAAGGGUUGUCAGAUGAAGACAUCCGAGCAGAGGCUGAUACUUUCAUGUUUGGAGGUUAUGACACAACAGCUAGUGGCCUCUCCUGGAUUCUGUACAACCUUGCUAAGCACCCAGAAUAUCAAGAGCGUUGCAGAAAGGAAGUGCAAGAACUCUUGAGCGACCGCAAGGCAGAGCAGAUUGAGUGGGACGAUCUGGCCAAGCUGCCCUUCCUGACCAUGUGCAUUAAGGAGAGUCUGCGGUUGCAUCCCCCGGUCACUCUCAUCUCUCGUCGCUGUAUCCAGGACAUAGUGCUUCCAGAUGGCCGUGUAAUCCCCAAAGGUGUUACAUGCUUGAUCAGCAUCUUUGGCCUCCAUCACAACCCUACUGUGUGGCCAAACCCUGAGGUCUAUGAUCCCUUCCGCUUCGACUUCGAAAACUCCCAGAAGAGGUCGCCUCUGGCUUUUAUUCCUUUCUCUGCUGGGUCCAGGAACUGCAUUGGACAGACAUUUGCCAUGGCUGAGAUGAAGGUAGUCCUGGCCCUCACACUGCUGCGAUUCCGUGUCCUGCCUGAUGGCGUGGAGCCCAAGAGGAAGCCAGAGCUGGUCCUACGUGCAGAGGGUGGGCUGUGGCUGCUAGUGGAACCUUUGGGCAGUGGAGCAGAGUGA